GCAGAGGUCUGCGUGCUGGAUGGGGGCCACAGCCAGGCCUGAUGGCAGGAGCCCAGAACACAGUGAGCUCUAAUCACGUCCUCUAGAAGCCGCUGAGGUGUUACAGUUCACGUGGAGAUACUGAAAGGUUGUGUGCCCAUGAGGUCGUCCAUGCUGGUCCUGUUCCUCCUCUUCAGUGCCCAGGCUGUGGCCGCCAUCGGAGGAGCAGCACAGCAGCAGGCUCCAGGCAACAACCCCAGCUCCAUCCCCACAGUGGACCCCAAACUCUUCACCAAGCGCCGCUACCUCUCACCCCGGGUGCUCUUCAGCGCUCAGCCGCCUGAUGCAGAGCCGGCGGAGUCACAGGGUGGCAGCAAAAGGACCCGCAGACGAGCGGGGCAGUCUCAGCACCGUGGAGUUUACUCAGUGUGUGAGAGCAUCAGCGUCUGGGUGGGCAACAAGACCAAAGCCACAGACAUCUCAGGCAACGAGGUGACAGUGCUGCCGGACGUUAAUAUCAACAAUGUCAACAAGAAGCAGUACUUCUUUGAGACGACGUGUCACAGCGCCCGCUCGGGCAACUCUGGCUGUUUGGGGAUCGAUGCCAGACACUGGAACUCCUACUGCACCAACUCACACACUUUUGUACGAGCACUGACUUCCUUUAAGAAUCUGGUGGCGUGGAGGCUCAUACGCAUCAAUGUGGCCUGUGUGUGUGUGCUGAGCCGCAAGUCAUGGCGGCAGUGAAGACUUUCCACGCACAUCACAGGAUCACACAUUCAGUCAAAUAAUACUGACAUACUCAUCACCAAAGACUUGUCACCCUCUGCACAAAGUAAAUUAUUGGUAUAUGUCAAAGUAUCAGGACUGCAUGUAUAAACACCAGGCCUGGGUCAAACAGUAUCCGUCUGUAGCUGUUGUUUGUACCUGUUCAGGUGUAACAAACGUUAAAGGGGUUGUUGCUGUGUCACUUAUCACCUGACUGUCUUAGCUGCGGUUUGUAACAGCUUGCAGAGGUUUAAAACUUAGCUAUCAAACAUCUAAGAAUUAGUCUCAGAGGGAAACUCCACAGAGAGUCUGUUUUCAGUACGACCGCAAAUGUGGAAAAAGCCUUUUGUGGCUCCAAAGGUAGCGGAUAAAUCGCCUCAAGUGAUGUCACUUGAGUCAGAGUUGAAGACGACAAGUUUGAAAUGUAAAAAAAUAUGGAUGUAUGGAGAGAAAUGUGACUUCUGCAGCCCGUUCCUUUCUCUAGUUGAGUUUAGCAGUUCAAGGCUGCAUUAGUGUUGCAUCGUGGGUAAUGUAGGCAACAGAUUUUGAUAAGGAAGAAGAAUAUAUGGCAUAAAAAAGAAGAUAUCUCUUUCUGCUGCAUCGACUUCGGUCUUUUUUUUUUGUAAUGUUAUUCUUUUAAGAAAGCCCUAAAAGCUAAUCUAGGGGACUUGCAGUUGUUCGCUGAGUGUGAGGAGUAGGACACAUUUACUAAGCUACCUACUCUAAUUCACAGUGAAGUAUAAGAGUAAACUUUAAGAGCAACUCUUAAGUGAUUGUGUGAAAUCCUUCAUAUCUGCAACAGCAAUUUCCCUGUGAAGUAACAACAAACUAAUAGGCAUAUUCCCCGAUCAGCCACAAUAAUAAAUCAGUGACAGGGGAAGUGAAAAACAUUGAUCUUUUCAUUACAAUGCAACAACCUGGCAGCCAUGUGGAUGCCACUUGACACGUCCAAACCACCAAAACCCUGUUGCAGACUAAGUUCAAUCCAUCAUGGCAACAGCAUCACCAAUGGCAGUGACCCCCCCUGCAGGAAAAUGCGCCACGCCACUUGGCGAGAACUGCUCAGGAGCAAUGUGACAAGUAGCCUAAGACGUCACAACAAGGCUACAACAUGGGGUACCAGCAUAUCCCACGGACGCUUGAUUGGAUUAGGAUCAGAGGAGCUGGAGGCCAGAAUGACGCCUUACACUCUAUAGCCCCUUUUACACUGCCAGAUUUUCCGCGAAUGUUGGGCCGUUUUGCCGGCAAGCUGCAAAAGCUUAGACACACAGAGCCGGACUGGCGAGUUGAUCUGAGGUGCCCAAUUUUCUGCCUUGUAGGGUAGCCAUAUUGGUGGAACCCUUUUAGUUUAAACAGACCGAGGCGGCCUUCUGCAACGAGAGGGGCUGUUGAAGACUUGUGGGAGGAGCUGUUGAUGACGCCGCAUGUGCGACCCACUGGCGGUGGAUAAACAGGAAACAGCUGAUAGCAGGAAUUAGCGAGCAGCUAGUAGCAAGAGGGAAACGCAAACCUGAAAGACACUGUAAAGAUGAGCAACUGGGGAGACAAGGAAUUGCGCGCCCUCCUUGUACUCGCAAACGAAGAGGCCAUUAACCGUAAGAUGACGGGGACGGUGAGGAACGGGCCGACUUAUGAGAGAAUCGGCGAAGGACUGACCAGCCGCGGCUUCCCUCUCACGUCACUGCUUACGUCACACGCUGAGCUACACGUUUUGUUACUUGCUCACGCCCCCAAUUGCCCAAACAAAAUCGAGGAGUGAGGCAUUUUGCCACACUCCUCGAUUUUGUUUUUAUACUGCCAAUGCUGAAAAAAGACUGAUUGGGCUUUCCUGCAAAUUUGCACAAUUCUUAUCUAAAAAGGGCUUAUGUCACUUUUCUCGGGCCAUUCCUGAGAAGUGUUUUUGGUGUGGUGCAUUGUCCUGCUGGGGGAGGCACUGCUACGGCUACAACCACAAUAAUAAUAUCACAGCACCUUUAAAAACAGAGUUCACAAAUGGAACAGGAUAGGGAAGCAGCAACAGGAUACUCAGAAGGCAAUGUGACAACAGAAAGCCAAAUAGUCCAACCAGACAUAAACAAGACAAAGUGAGGGAAGGGUUAAGUUAAAGUUAAAACAAGAAGACAAAAAAAAUGCAAGAUGCAGGGCACAAAAUGUCAAUAUAAAUAAAUAAAAAAGAUCAAAAACAACAAAAGCAAUAAAACACAAAUAAAAAUAAAAGGAAAUUAAAAAAUGACAUCACACAAAAGCAAGUCUAUAAAAAGGGGUUUUAAGAAGUGAUUUCAAAGAGAUCACUGAUUCUAUGAACCUUCCAUCCUCAGGCAGGUCAGUCCACAGCUAAGGAGCCCUGUUGGCCAUCGCAGCUCCAUCAUCCAGCUACAGUCUCCCUCACACUCUGUACAUUUAUACUUAAGUCUUUCACUUUCAGCAGUCUGAUAAAUACAGACUCAGGUUCAGUUAACCACUGCUAAACUACAGCUUAACCAAAAGUAGCCUACAAUAAAGUUACAUCAUCAGAUCUGCCCCCCACAGCCACAGGUGAGUCAGAGCUGGGGAAAUGUAAUCAAGAGGAAAUUAGUUUCAGCUGUUUACAUGAAGACUACCUGCUGUAGAAAUAACUUUAAACACCAGUGGAACAAUGUGUGUGUUUAUCAUGUACAGUCCAGCUCCAUGUGACCUUUGGCCUCCUUUCAACCUCUGCAGCAGAUUUAAUCAAACCUCAGAUAUGAUGACCUCUAGUGGCGUUCAGGUGACCACUACAACACACAGGAAGUGACUGCAGCUUGUGAGGUCACAGCAGUGGUGUUAGGGAACGACGUCAUUUUGUGAAAGGCAGCCUGUCUGAUACGUUAAACCGCAGCUGAGCUAGAGACGGAGUUUUCGCACCACGACUCAGUCAUGCUGAUUACAGGCCGUGUUAGUUUUCUGCCACCUGUUAUAUAACUCUAUAGCACCUCCCACUCACCACACAUAGACUGACACAACCUACACGUGUUGGAAAUACAGUUUGACCCAGGUCUGAUAGCAGCAAACCUUUUGUUAAAAUG